AUGUCCGUUACAACCGCGUUGCGUAGUGCCCUUCACUUCCUCCGGGCCAAUCAGCUGCUCGGACCAGUCUACGACUGGCUAUGGCGCGAGGUGUUCGCUAACGCGUCUGGCGCGUAUCCCUGCGCGCACCCCCUAAGGGAGGGGGUGAGCCGCACCGGUGCGCCAAAGGGAGGCGCGGGGCGCAUUGGCGCGCAGCUGGCGGGGCUGCAGUCGCGUGCUGCGCUCCCCCUGGUUGCGCGGGCGGAAGGCGGGGAAGAGGCCGGGGUUAUCGUUGCGCGCGGCAGGAGAUACAGCGGGACGGGGAAGGGGGGGGAGGAAGAGGGGGAAGAAGAGGAGGACGGGGAAGAGGGGGAUGAAGGAGGGGAAAGGGCCGUUAUGAACGCAGGGGGGGAGUGGCCGCAUGUGCCGGUGCUGGUGAGGGAGGUGGUGGGGGCGUUUGAGGGCGUGCGGUUGACAACACUGGUGGAUGGCACACUGGGGGCGGGCGGUCACACGCUCGCUGUGAGUGCUGAUUCUGGCUUUAUGCCACCACCAUCCAGUGCUGCAGGCAGUGGCGGGCAUGGUCGUGGACCCCUCAGCACACGCCAUCACAUGCCAUUGCUCUUGCCUCCUCCAAUCCACUCUCUUUCCUCUGCUUUCCCUCGUUUUUCCCUUCCGUAUGAUGAACAGCUAGCCCGCCACCACCCAGAGCUGCAAGCGGUGGUGGGCGUGGACGUGGACCCCUCAGCACACGCCAUCGCUGCUGCCCGCCUGCACCCCGUCAUGCGCAUCGCCACCCCUCCAGGCGCACGGGCAGGCAGUCCGCACGACGCCCAUGCCCAUACCCAAGCAGCGGCGCCAGUUGAGGAGUGGGGCGAGGCAAAGGAGCGGGGCCAGUCUGAGGAGCAGGCCCAAGCAACAGUGCGAGUGGCAGAGGGGCCGGAAGCGACAUUGCGAGUGGCGGAGGAGAGGGGGGCCACAGCGACACUGCACGUGGUGGAGGGGAAUUUCCGGCGCAUGGUGGAGGCAUGUGCGGGUGUGGGAGUGGCGCGUGGCAGUGUGGAUGGAAUUCUGCUGGACGUGGGGGUCUCGUCCAUGCAGAUCGACAGGGCAGAGAGGGGAUUCAGUUUCAUGAGGGAGGGGCCUCUGGACAUGCGCAUGGAUCCUAAGAGCCCCAUCACCGCUGAGUUGGCGGUCAACGAUUGGCCGGAGGAGGUGCUAGGGCAGAUCUUGAGAGACCUGGGGGAGGAGCGGCGGUGGCGGCAGCUUGCCCGGCGGAUUGUGGAGGCGCGGGGGCGAGGGCGCAUCAGCAGCACCACACAACUGGCUGCCAUCGUGGCUGGAGGGGCGUUUGGGCCCAAGAAGGGCGCAGGUACGCUGGGUUGGUGGCAGGGUGGUUUGUUUGUGGAGGCGCGGGGGAGAGGGCGCAUCAGCAGCGCGGCCCAGCUCGCUUUAUCUGUUGCUGGAGGGUCGCUUGGGCUUGGGCCUAAGAACAGGACAGGUCUGCUUGGUGGUGCUAGCGCAGUGGCGCUAGCACCCUCAGCCACCCAGCCACCCACACCUUACAAGAACUGCAUGUCAUCUCAUCCACCCUCUCACUGCCCCAUCUCCCUCUCCCCUGCACAGCCACCCCUGCCUGCCCUUGCACAUCCCCUCCUGCCCUCCCAGCCUCCGCCCAUCUCCCUCUUGCACAUCCCCUCCCGCACCUCCUUCCCAGGCACGCGCAUCCACCCGCCCACCUGCACCUUACAGGUGCUCUCCAUUGUCUCAUCUCACUUCCUAUUGCACCCAUUUCCCCCUCUGCACAUCCCCUGCCCUGUACGUCCCCUCUCAGCCUCGUCCUCUCACCGUGGUGGUCUCAGCACGCGACUCCACCCGGCCACCCACAACUUGCACGCAAUCCACAUCAUCAAAUCUGACCUACCCUUGCCCCCAUUUCCCCCCCUGUACGUCCCCUCUCAGCCUCUUCAUCCCGCCGCGGUGGCCCCGGCAUGCGAAUCCACCCGGCCACCCGCACCUUCCAAGCUCUCAGCAUCAUGUCAUCUGACCUACUCUUGCCCCCAUUUCCCCCCUGUGCGUUCCCCCCUGCGCUGUCCCCUCUCAGCCUCGUCCUCCCGCCGAGCUGGUCCAGGCAUGCGCAUCCACCCGGCCACCCGCACAUUCCAGGCUCUCCGCAUCGCAGUAAAUGACGAGCUUGCCGCCCUGGCGCUCGCCAUCCCCGCCGCCCUCUCCCUGCUGGCGCCGGGCGGCCGGCUGGCCGUCAUCUCCUUCCACUCGCUCGAGGACCGCAUCGUGAAGCGAAGCUUCCUGGAAGCUGCCGCUGGCAUGCCUGUGCCCAUGCCAGUGCCAGUGCCCCUGCCAGUGGCCGUGCCUGUGCCUGGGUCUGCACCAGGAGCAGUGAGCAGCAGUGGCUGGGAGGGGCACGGGCAGGCAAGAUACCGGGUGGUGACGAAGCGGUCGGUGGUUGCAGGGGAGGAUGAGUGGAGGGUGAAUGCACGCAGCAGGAGCGCCAAGCUGAGGGUCAUUGAGCGAGUAGUUUGA